UUUAACAUCUCUUUUUUAAACGUAAUGAUCUACUAAUUACACAUGUACUUUUUUCCAGGAAUAAUGCCUGGAAGGUUGGAUUAUUUCUGGAAUACGUAAUUUACACGUCGCUUUGGACCCAUACUUUCGAAUUAAAGAUUGUUUUUAUCGCUCGGGAUCUGACCACCUAUGUCAGGAAUCAAAUGAAUAUUUGGAUCCGACUCUUCUGGGACUCGGUUCACAGUGCUGGAGUCCGUCGCGCUGCUCUUGAUGUUGUCUGUGUCGGCCAUAUUAACAGUCUCCUCCAUCUCACCCACUGUUAACUUCAGGACAUGCAUACGUCAAGCCCGGUGUGAAGGCGAUAAAUGUCUAAAUAUUCCUUCUGAUACGAAGAAGAUUUAACCACGUACACCAUGGAGGCCGUUAAAGCGUUUAAUGGCGAGCUGUACUCUCUGAACGAAUACAAGCCUCCAAUCUCCAAAGCGAAGAUGACCCAGAUUACCAAAUCAGCAAUUAAAGCUAUAAAGUUCUAUAAACACGUGGUCCAAAGUGUGGAGAAAUUCAUUCAGAAGUGCAAACCCGAGUACAAGGUUCCUGGUCUGUACGUCAUCGACUCGAUCGUCCGGCAGUCUCGCCACCAGUUUGGCCAGGAGAAGGAUGUGUUUGCGCCGCGCUUCAGUAAGAACAUCAUCGCCACCUUCCAGAACCUCUACCGCUGCCCCUCUGAUGACAAGAGCAAGAUUGUCCGAGUGCUCAAUCUAUGGCAGAAAAACAGCGUGUUCAAAAGUGACAUCAUCCAGCCUCUGCUGGACAUGGCAGCAGGGCUGCCACCUCCGAGUGUCACACCUGUUACGGCCAGUAGUGCUGUCCCUGUUAACAACGCCACCCCUGGCACCCCUGCAACUCCUGCCACCCCAGCCAACAUAGUGCCGAGUUUACCAGACUGGGCUUCUCAGAUCUCCAACUCUGACACAAUGGCAGCUGUAGCCCAGAUCCUACAGAGUCCUCAGGGACAGCAGUUGCAGCAGUUGGUGCAGAGUCUGCAGCUGCAGCAGCAGAAGCCCCAGCCUUCUCUCCUGCAAGCUCUGGAUGCAGGCCUGGUGGUCCAGCUGCAGGCCCUGACCGCUCAGCUCACGGCAGCCGCCGCCGCCAACACACUAAACCCGCUGGAGCAGAGAGUCUCCUCCUUCAACAAGAAACUCCUGGGUCAGUUUGAUUUUGGCAGCGAGUCAGAACCCAGCGAGGAUACUAAAAGUGACGCUGCACCGUCUCAGUUGCCCAUGGUUUCUGAGUCCAUCAAUAGCUCCCUUUUCCAUCAGCUGGCUGAGCAGCUCCAACAGCAGAACCUUGAACAGUUUCAGAAGCAAAUCCUGGAGCAUCAGCAACAUCAACAGAAGUCUAUAGCCCUAGAGAGCCAGGAAAGCAUCUUUGGACCAGAGAACUCAGCCCCUCCAGCCCAGAGCAGUGUCCCCGCACAGCUACCAGAACAGGAAGCCAAACUGGACGACUCCAUUGACAACCAGCAACAGGACAUGGAACUUGAUGAGGGACAAGACACUGUAGAUGAGGAGAUGUUUGAGUCGGAGGAGAAGAAGACCAGCGGCACUCGCUCAAGAACGCACUCCAGGUCUCGCUCCAGGUCUCCCAAGAGGAGGCGCUCGAGGUCGCGCUCAGGCUCUCGGAAGCGCAAACACCGCAAGCGGUCACGGUCGCGGUCGAGAGACAGAAAGAGGAAGUCCUCCCGUUCCUACUCUAGCGAGAGACGAGCACGGGAGAGGGAAAAGGAGAGACAGAAGAAAGGUCUUCCUCCCAUCCGCUCCAAGGUUCUCAGUGUGUGCAGCACUACUUUGUGGGUGGGCCAAGUGGACAAGAAGGCCACCCAACAAGACCUGACCAACCUCUUUGAGGAGUUUGGCCAGAUCGAAUCCAUCAAUAUGAUUCCUCCCAGAGGUUGCGCUUACAUAUGUAUGGUACACAGACAGGAUGCUUAUCGUGCCCGACAGAAAUUGAGCACUGGCUCGUUUAAGAUUGGAUCCAAAGUUAUUAAGAUUGCCUGGGCCCUGAACAAGGGUGUAAAGCAGGAGUACAAGCAGUUCUGGGAUGUGGACCUUGGUGUGACCUAUAUCCCCUGGGAAAAGGUCAAACUGGAUGACCUGGAUGGUUUUGCAGAAGGAGGCAUGAUUGACCAGGAAACGGUUAACAGUGAAUGGGAGGCUCAGCGGAACACGGAGGCAGUCAAGGAGACCCAGGCUCAGCCUGCAGCCGCGGAGGCCACCGCUGUUAGCAGCUCCCAGAGCGAAGCCUUCACACAGCAGGUCACCAUGAUGCCCGUGCAGAUCCCAGUGGCACAGACUGUGCCUGCUGUAGGCCUGGUGCCGCCCACCUAUCCUGUCACCAUGGCAAUGCCCCCGCCAGGUUUUGGGCCUCCACCUCCCUUCCUGAGGGCUGGAUUCAAUGCCUCACAGCCCCCUCCAGGUUUCAUGACUACUCCAGGGGUUGCGCAGUCAGCCGUGGGAACAGGCCUGGCCUCAGCCCAAGCGCCUCUAGUGCAACCUUCAAUGUCUGCAGCGCAGGAAGGUAACAAGGACUCCACGUUUGCGGCCAUAAUCCCUUCAGCGAACGCUAUUCCAGCCAGCUUCAUGUCUUCAACCAUCCCCGGGGCCGGAGUCUUCAACGCUGUGGGAGCCCAGCCGCAGCAGGCCAAUGCAGACAAGGCCACUCCACCCACAGAGAGCAUAGACACACCUGCAGAAAUAACACUACAGGCAGGGAUGCAGAAUGCCGUGCGCAGUGGGAUGGGUCUUCUGGGCAUGCACCCCUCGGCGUCCCUCUCUCACCCGCUCACAGGGCAGAGGAUGCCUGGCCUGCUGUCCCUCGACCUGCGACCCAGCCUCCUCCAGGGAGCUGCCGCCCGCUUCCCGCUCCUCAUGCAGCAGGGCCUGGCUCAGCAGGCCAACAGCCUCCUGGACGCCUCGCUCCAGGCCCAGGCCCGCGCUCGGGCGCCCUUCUCUCAGGUGGAGCACUUCAAUCGCACGGACGGCGCCUUCGCCAGGACCCCCAACCCCACGGCUGGCGUCACAGACGGCCUGGACAAAGGACACAACGAGACGCCGCCCAGCUCAGAUGCCGGAGGCCAGCAAGAGGGAGAUCAGGACUACCGCUUCCCGCCACCGGAGAAACAGAGCACGGGCUUGCUGAAGACCCCUCCGCUGGAGAUGCGCACGGAGCCCGCCCCGGUCAGACCACCUCUGCUGGAGAGGCCACCCCGGGCGGCCAUGCAGACGGAGGCCAGAGAGAGCGCGGGAAGGAGGGAUCCCCUGCCAGGCGGCUUCAGGGCCGAGUCUCGCUGGGGCCCUCCCCGGGGGGACUUCGACGAGCGUGACACGAGAGGUAUGUCCACCGGAGGCCACAAGGGCUUCCAGGAUGAGCGGUCCAAUCCCAGCUUUCAGAACCGCUUCGACAUGCGCAGCGGGGUAGCUUCGGGGGGCGGAGGCACAGCCUGGAACCGUGGAGGAGGUGGUGGGUCCCUGUUCAGUGCCAACAUGCACCAGGACUUCGAUGACCGGCGUCGACCCUGGGAGAGGCAGAAGGACCGGGACGACAGGGACUUCCGCAGGGAGGUGAACGGCAACCGGCACAGCCGGGAGCGUGACCGCGAGAGGGAGCGGGAACGGGACCGAGACCGUGGCCGAGAUCGGAACCGGGACCGCGAGAGAGAACGAGAGCGGGAAAGGGAGAGGGAUCGAGAGCGGGAGAGGGACAGGGAGCGGGACAACGACAAGGAGAAGGAGAGAGACCGGGAGCGGGCCAGCGGCUGGACGCCUCUGACGCCGCAGUCUCAGCCCCUCCUCCCUCUGCCCAAGCCACAGUCCCAGCCGCUACUGCCCCUGCCCACGUCCCUGCUGGGCCAGCCCCCCGCCCAGCCCGAACCGCAGCCCAAAGCCCUGCUGCAGCAUCCGGAGCUACGGCAGGCCGAGUCGCAGCCGGACACCAAGCCCCCCCUGCAGGGUCUGCCCCCAUCGCCCGGCGCCCCACAACAGACUGCAGGUGGCCAGGAGCAAAAGCAGGCCUUUAGUUUUAAUGCUCAGGAGAAGGACUGUAAGCCUGAAGUGGAGCACAGGCACUCUGAGCCAGAGCUCACUCCCUCCUUUCUCAUUCCCUCCUCAUCUCCUACUCCCAUACCUGUGCCAGUCUGCCCACGGGACAGGCCCCCGAGAGACGAACCCCUGGAGAGGUCCGCCUCCCCGGCUGUGGUCAUUAACAGUGGACAGACUGGGCCGAAGGCAGAAGCCAAGACUGAUCCUGAGCUAGUGAAAACAGACACUGAGGAAUCAUAAUCGUCAACUCAGUAGGUAAAAGAUCAUUUUGUAUAGUUGUCAUCUCUGUACUUAUUUCAAAGGCUUCCACAGGACAUGCUCAGUUCAUUAUAUUGCCUGACACCCUAACAAACGAUUUUACCUUUCAUGCUAAUGAUGUACAUCAUAGAUGGCUGGCAAUAGAGGAUUUCAAUGGUAGGUGAUAUUUUAAUAUUCUUAGUUGUUUCAUGUUUUUAGUUUUAAUGCAACCCCACUGUUUUAAGCUAGGUGACUUGAUGGAAAUUGCUUGCCAAAAUAUUGUGUAGCCUAAUUGUAAAUGCAGGGGGGAAGGGGAGGGUGUGCUAGUGGUGCUUCAACCUUCCUAUGGAAGAGUUUAAGGAUCCUGGCUUUUUCUAAAGGAUUGAUUGCCGAAUACUUGAAAACAGCAGUCACUGGCCUGUUCUGUUUUUUUCUUUUCAAAACCACAGCUGCAAAGUUUGAAAUGAAUGCCUUUGUGGUGUCCUAUGCUUGUUGUCUUUUAAGCAAAAUAUACGUACAACCAAUGCAGUGAGAACAGUAAUGCGUUAUAGUUGCUUUGAAAAGUAACCAAAAAAAAAGAUUAAAAUAUGAUGUACUAUCCCCA